GGGCAUUUGGGACAUGGCGGAAAGCUCUACUAGUUGCAGAUCAAGGCGUGUUCAAUAAAUAUUUUACCCAGGAUGCCACGGACAAUUGGUUCCAAAGUUCAAGGGUAAAAUAUCCCCGAGCUUAGCACAGAGUGGAGUGGAAGACAAGAAGAGGACGAGUCAAAGACAGGUGUCGAGGCGAUUCAUUUGUGUAAUUAUAACAGGAAUAAACCCAGUCAAGUCAAAAUGGCCGAGAGCUCAAGUCCAAAAGGCAACAAUGGGGACUUUGCGAAAAAAAUCCAAAGACAGCUAAGCAGAAGCAAAGAAAAGGUGCUGCAAAAGUUGGGGAAGACAAUGGAGAGCAGAGAUGACCACUUUGAGCAAUGUUUCCGACAGUUUAAUGACCAGCAGACUGAUGGGAACCGAAUGUACAAAGACCUGAGGAACUACAUCACUGCAAUUGGAGACAUGCGUGAAGCUUCCAGACGCCUUUCCCAGUCUCUGUUUGAUUCUUAUGAAAGUGAUUGGGCUGGAGAGGAGGACUUGGGAGCCAUUGUGGAGGGGGAGGACCUCCUGUGGAAUGACCUCGAGGUGAAGCUAUUAGAUCAGGCUGUACGCACCAUGGAGUCCUACGUGAGCCAAUUCCCAGAUGUCAGGGAGAAAGUGGCAAAGAGGGGAAGAAAAUUGGUCGACUACGACUCUUCCCGUCACCACCUGGAGGCACUGCAGACUGCCAAGAAGAGGGAUGACGUCAAGAUCCAAAAGGCAAACGAAGAGAUGAAUAUGGCCAAAAGCGUCUAUGAAGGGAUCAACACUGAGUUAAAAGAAGAGCUGCCGUCACUCUUUGAAAGCCGCGUUGGAUGCUUUGUGACGGUCUUCUCCGCUGUAUCCAAUUUACGAGACAUCUUCUAUAAGGAAAUGAGCAUGCUAAACCUUGAUCUAAAGAAUGUGAUGAACGAGCUGCAGGCUCAACACCCGGACAAAACGUUCGCUUUGAAGGGAAUUCAGCGGCAUGGCUCCCUGAUGAGACGAAGCCUGACGUCCCCUAAGGCCUGGAAAGCCAGCUUCUCCGAGUUUCACAAGAGCUACAGUCCCAGACCUGCCCAGAGGUUUAGCUUCAGGUCCCCGGACAAGCCUCGCCACAGCACUUUGUCCAGAGAGAGCAGCACGCUCGCCGUCUCGCUGCAGUCAUCCCGUCCGCCGAGCUUCACCUCAGAGUCCAAGGAGCUGGACGCGGGGUCGAGCCUCGGUGAGAUUUACAGCCCUGACGCACAAAAGGACGCUGCGGCCGGCAAUGGGCCUGAGUCGGGAAGAGACAGCAACGAUGUGGAAGAGGUGGAGGCGAAGGCCGUGAAGGAAGAGGCGCCCGGUGACCAGGGGGAGAGUGAGAAAACUCAGCCGAGCGAGAGCAGCUGUGAGCUGAACCACUCCGUUGAUUCGGAGAGCUUGGAGCUCCAGCUGUCCGCAGCAGGCAACGGGCCGCUGCACAUUGAGGAGGGGGAAGACGGCUCCCUGGGGGGCGGGACGCCUAAACCAAAUGCGGUGGAGAGUAGUGAAGCUUCCGGGUCACAUUCGGACACCCAGGACCUGGGCCUUCCUCACAAGGAUGCUCCUGCAGAAAAACAGGCUUCUCCAGACUCAAAAAGCACGGAGGUGUAAAAGUGUUCAGACUUGAGAUAAGGAGAGGAGAUUGAAGUCAACAGCUGCAAAACGGAGAAAAAAAUGUGGAGACAGCCGCACUGAAAUGUCCAACUCUAAUUUCCGCAAUGAUGGACAUGUGCGUUGUCUUGUUGGUGUUAGUUUUUUUAUUUAUGUUUUUGUUUUACAUUCAGCACAGUUCAUAUUAUGGUAAAAGUUGUAUUUUUGUAACCACGUUGCCUUUAAAACGUUUUUGGCACAUUUCAUUAUUUUCUCCAUCAUAAAGAAUAAAUUGUGAGUUAUUGUAGGUUUAAUGUUAGCAGACAUAAAUACACCGAUAGGUUUAUCUUAUUUUAAAACCAACCUACAUACUAAGGCACAGUCAGAAAUGUAAUUGUGCUCUGGACUCCAUUUUUCCAUUUUCGUUAUGUCUUCUUCACUUUUUUUUAACAAAGCUGAAAUCAAUUAAUUAGCUAUGCACUGUAAAUAUACAUUAAGUAAUUCUGAAUGAUUGUCUUUUUUUGUCUAAAUUUUAUUAGAAUUUGUUGGUUAUGGCGAAUUAUAGAAAAAAUGCUGAAAUACGUAAACAAUAAAUUGUUUUGUUUAAAUUGAACUAAAAGGCGUCAAUCGGUUCCUUCUCUUCCAAUAAAAGGUUUAAAAACGAUAUGGUUAAAAGUGAUGAGUUCUCACUCAGCCAACAUGUUUCCGUUUUUUGUCAAUGUAAAUCCCCCCCAAAUUGCAUUUUU